CGCUUCUGGCAUGUCCUCCGAUGCCUUCUCGGCGGAUUGUCAACUUCGAUAGGAAUACGACUCCGAGGGACUGAUGCCUGACUUUGCUUCACUAGCGAGCAUACGUUUGCCGUGCUGCGUUCAGUCUCCCCCCUCUCCAGUUGAGUGAUGAGGGUCACGGAACGCCGAAGGAAGGGAUAAAUACUAAGGGCACUGCGUCAGAAGAGUCUUGAGCAGCAGCACAGUGGCUCCCCCCUCAGGCCCUCGGGGUCACUGCACCUUUGUGGAAGAGGGGCCGGUUGGCAGGAAGCACUGAAUGGCCACAAGCCCAAACCACUGUGGCACUUAUGACUACAACUGCAAGGUGAGUGUUCGAUUGGCAGGAAGCGCAAGCAGCAGGACCAACAGGGAGUCACAUGACAUGGAGGUCAAAGGGCCCACAAUCACUGCCAUGGGCCUGGGGGCUCCAGAUCUGCAGGGCGGGCAGAGCAGCAAGGCGCGGGCGGAGCGGCUGUCAGAGCUGCAGGAGCGCAGGAGGAGCCUGCAGACGCUGCUGAAUGCCCGGCUGGGGGAGCUGAGGAGAGUCUGCCUGCUGGAAGCGGAAUUGACAGGAGAGCUUCCCAAAGAGUUUCCCUUAGAGACAGGAGAAAGACCCCCCCAAGUACGGCGCAGAGGUGGAUUGGCCCACCAUGGUUCCAAGCACUCUAGUAAGGGAGAGGAGGAGGAAGCUUGUCAGAGGAAACAGAAAAAAGCUCUCUUCAGUGGCGCCCUCCGCAGGCAGACUGACUCAGAGCAGCACCCUCCUCAUGGCAAGAGGACAGUUCACCGCGGUUGCCACACAGAUGACACCGUGAAGUCAGAGAGCAGCUCCAUGUCCGACUCCACAGGCCAGGACAAUGACGAGUCGUCCCCCGGCCCCGCCCCGGACGGCCUGUCCCCCUCCAGGCCCCGGCUGGCCCCGGGGAGCCCCGACAGCCGGAUCUGCCGCAAGCUGUCCCCCGUGGAGAUCUACUACGAGAUGAGGACGCGUCGCAACUCCAUGGCCAGCUCAGCCAGCCCGAGUCGCUCUCUCCCCCGCAGCGUCUCUAAUGUGGAGGGCAGGAGCGUCCCUGCUACCCCUCUCCUGUCUCGAACCGUCCCCACCAGCGUCCACAUCAGGUCAGAGGUAUCAGGUGGAAAGCACUGGUCAGACAGCCCUGAUGUACCACAGGUGGUACCGCUGCAGUCUCAGGAGGGGUCCUCCUCGGGGUCCUUUGAGCGGGGAGGCUGCCCUUACAGCGCCCGAACUCGCCGUAGCAACAGUUCGGAGGCCCUCCUGGACAGGACCGUCUUCCCGGAGGAGGCGGGGCCGAGGACGGGCAUGCCAUCGAGGGGGGGGCCGUACAAGAGCUCAGAGGCACUGACGGAGGGCAGGCUGAGGCAGGUGCACCGAGGCAGCCCGGAGAGGCACCUGAACGGCCACGCCGACCAGGGCAGGAUGCGCUCGUCCGUGGGGGGCCGGGGCGGGGGCGGGGGUGGCUACAACGAGAUCCUCAUGGACUACAUCUGGGGGAAGCAGCAGAAGAUGCAGGUCCAGCAGCAGCAGCAGCAGCAGCAGCAGCAGCAGCAGCAGCAGCAGCAGCAGCACCGGCACCAGGCUGGCGGCGGCGGCGGGGGCGUCAGAGGCUGGCCGGACGGGUCCUGCGCCCCUGUCCCCAGCUCCGUCGCCUCCCCCCACUUCAACGGCUUUCCCCCAGCCCAGACGGCCCACUUCGCGCCGGGGCCCCCGCCCUACAGCCCACUGCUGCUCCGCGGCAAACCGGGCGAGCCGCGCCGGGUCAAGGUGACCCGCACCAAGUCCUGCGGGCCCUUCAUCCCCCUGCAGCAGCACCAACAGGAGGCCAUCCUGCUGUCCACCUACUCCGAGGCCCCGCACCCCGCCCCCGGCUCCGCCGGCUCCUCCACCGCCGCCCUGUACUCCUAUCAGCUGGAGCAGCCGGGCCCCGGCCCCGCCCCUGCCCGCAGGCCCGCCCCCUUCCCUGCUGGCACCCCCGAGGACUCCACCCGCAGCCUGCACAAGGCCCUGGCUCUGGAGGGCCUGAGGGACUGGUACCUGCGGAACACCCUGGGCCACACCGCCGCCUCCGCCGCCACGGCCGGCAAGGUGCAGGACGCGGCACUGCCCCGCCGCCGAACGCCCCCCUCCAUGCACAGUUCCCACCCCUCCGCCCACCAGCCCCCGCCCUUCCAGCCUGAGCCUGGAUACAGCCAGCUGCCCCAGUCUGCCACUUUCCACGGGCACCCUCUGCAGGGCAGGUCAUUGGAAUUGUCCCUGUACCAGGAGCCCUUCCCUUCACAGAUGCAGGAUUUAACACUGAAAGAGCCCAGUACUGACAUACCCGCUCCUGGAACACUGGUCUGACCCAUGUACACACACACACACACAC